AUGGCAGCGAUGGCGCAGGCGGCGCUGCAGCGGGUCGCCAGGGACUACCUGGAGCAGACCUCGCUGCACGGGCCGCGCUACCUCACACAGCCCUGUCCAGAGAGGCUGGUGUGGCUGGUGGUGCUGGCAGCGACCGUGUGGGGCGUGGUGGUGGUGAUCGUGGACGUGUGGCUCGAGUUCAUGCGGCGCCCCACAGUCACGACCAUCGACUCGACCACGUUCCCAAUCUGGCGGGUGCCCUUCCCGGCCGUCGCCGUCUGCAGCGUCAACAAGAUGAGCCUCGCCGCCUCCACCAGGCUCGCCGAAUCCCUGUCGGAGUCGUCGGGCGUGUCGGCGGCGGAGGCGCUGUCCCUGCUGCGGUACGCGGGCCGCCUCUACGACUACGAGAGCAGCGACCUGCACAACAUCGACGCGCUGCACCAGCUGCUCGGCCGCUCCUACAACGUCACCAGCGCCAUGCUGCAGGUGGCGCCCACGUGUGAAGACCUGCUGGUCCGCUGCUCGUGGCAGGGCCGCCUCCACAACUGCUCGCAGCUGUUCAAGACCAGGAAGACGAUGGAGGGCUUCUGCUGCGCGUUCAACUACGUGCGCGGCAGCGACGACUUCAUCAGGAAUUGAGAUUAUUCAAACGACGACCCAGGGAUUAAAGUGGACUCACCGGGCUACGAAAUGGGACUAACAGUUCUCGUGAACGACAACUACUCCGACUAUUUCUACCCACUGAUUUCGUCAUCCGGGACCAAGGUGCUGGUGUUCAACCCGCGCGACUACCCGGACACGCCGAGCGGCAGCCUGACGGAGAAGCUGGUGCCGCCGGGCACCGAGGUGUUCCUGCGGCUGGGCGCCACCAGCACGUGGAGCACGGAGAGCGUGCGCGGCUACAGCCAGCAGCGGCGCGGCUGCCUCUUCCAGAGCGAGCUGGCCGACCUCUUCGCCGGCUACUACUCUUACAGCGACUGCCUCAUGAACUGCCGCAUCAGCAGCAUCGCCGCGCUCUGCGACUGCGUGCCCUUCUACUUCCCUAGCAGGGGCAACACAAGAGAGUGUAAUGUACUGGACAUACAGUGCCUCUCAAAGUACAGAGAGAAGUGGCUGACGCUUCGGCCCACGGACGACAUCGCAGGCCUGGAGGCGGAGCGGGAGGACUCGAUAUCGUGCGUCGAGUGCCGGCCGGCGUGCACCGACACCGCCUACAGCCUGCAGUCCACCUUCUCGCCCAUCAUGGCCCACCACGACCACGGCUCCCAGUUCCUGGAAGGCAUCGAGCUGAAAAACCACAGCGUCUUCCACCUGUUCUUCGGGAGUUCCGAUUCUGUGCGGCUGAAACAUGACACGCUGUACUACUGGUACGAUCUCAUGAGUAACUUUGGUGGACUUUGCGGACUCUUCGUAGGCUUCAGCCUCAUCAGCAUAGUUGAAUUUUUCUAUUUCUUUACUAUACGUCUUUUCUACAUCAUUCAAGAAGAGAACACGAAACGUUCAGGUCAAAAUGGGAACCAAACAUAUGGCAGGAACAUGCUGAGCCGGAAUUACAGUUUAGCUGGUCAAGAUAUCGAUCCCAAAGAAUUUGAAACACAGUGUUUCUAUCAGAGUGUGGGCAUUGAAAUUACUUCUGGUGGUAACAGAUUUUUCACUCCUCGAUUCAUUCACACACUGCAGGCUACUUCUAUAAGCAAAUAUAGUGUGUGCGACCGCGGGGCUGCACAGGUGCUGUCGGCGUGCAACGACCUGUCGGUGUUCGACCCGUCGACGUCGGUGGCGGCGCGGUUCUACUCGUCGCUGCUGGAGUGCGUGCGGCGGCUGUCUGCGGGAGCGUCAGCACCGCUGCGGGAGAGGGUGGUGGUGGGGGAGUAG